CUCGCCAAGUCCACAGCCAGAGCCGCGCCAGAGCCCGCGCAUCCCGGAGAGACUCGCGUUCAGUCCGGUCUGGAGAUUAUCAUCAGCACCCGCGCGCCCUACAAACAUGGCUGAUCAGUUAACAGAGGAGCAAAUCGCAGAGUUCAAGGAGGCUUUCUCCUUAUUCGACAAAGAUGGAGACGGCACCAUCACAACCAAAGAGCUGGGCACCGUCAUGCGGUCGCUGGGUCAGAACCCUACAGAGGCAGAGCUGCAGGACAUGAUCAAUGAGGUGGACGCUGACGGAAACGGAACCAUAGAUUUCCCAGAGUUCCUGACCAUGAUGGCCAGGAAAAUGAAGGACACAGACAGCGAGGAGGAGAUUCGCGAAGCCUUUCGGGUAUUUGACAAGGAUGGUAAUGGCUACAUCAGUGCUGCAGAGCUGCGUCACGUAAUGACAAACCUGGGCGAGAAGCUGACAGAUGAGGAGGUGGACGAGAUGAUCAGAGAAGCCGACAUUGAUGGAGAUGGACAAGUGAACUAUGAAGAGUUUGUACAGAUGAUGACCGCAAAGUGAAGCCUCCACCUUCUGCCGUGCCCUCUUAGAAGAGAAAAAAUAAUUAAAUCAGUCAAAUGUUUUACUCACCUCUUGGGGAAAAAAAGUUUAUUUAUUCAUAAUGUUUCUGUUUUAAAAAUAAUUGAAUGUUAAAAUAAAGUAUCCUUCUGUCCACACAGAAAUAAUGGAAGAAAAAAAUCUAAUAUCUGCAUGAAAUGGUUAGUGACCCUGUCCCCAAAAAUCAGUUAUUCAAGAGAAAAAUAACCUGUAACCACCUUCAAACUGAAGAAAAACAGCAUUUGGUGAACUCCUUCAGUUGCAUCUGCUCCUGAUAAUGUUUGGGCUGGCCAUCCUCCUUCUUUCUCUCUUUUUUUAUUAUUAUUAUUAUUAUUAUUAUUAUUAUUAUUAUUAUUAUUAUAAUUAUCCGAUCUUCAUGCAUGCAGCUUGAGCCCGGAGCUCAUUCUCCAGCCAAUCAGAGCCUGCCGAGUCCACUGAAGUGUUGUGUCGUGGGGUUUUUUUAAUUUAAGAGGAAUCACAUGUAGAGAGAACGCUUGUAAAACUCAAGUUUCCAGUGGAAUGGGGCUUUAAAGUAUUGUGGGGGGGAUACAAAGUUAAAAAUAAAAAAACGAGAAAAAAAAAUACAAAAACAAGAAAAGGUCGAACAUGUUUGGCAUGAUUUUAUCGUUUCAGAUUUGUUGUUUUUUAUUUUUGUCGAUCAUUUGUUUUUGUUUGAUUGACUUUCUUUCUGGACGGCCAUCUCCUCUGUGGCGGCUGGGAUUUGAGGGAUGUUUGUGUUUGAGAUGAGUGGAGGUGUGAGGCUGAGCCGUCACUUUUCUAUCCUCUCUUUCUUUACUUCUGACCAGUGAAAUCUCCCCUGCGUGGGAGUUUUGCGCUCCACUCUUCAGUUUGCAUUCAUUCCAAGUUGUACAUGCUACUGUUUUAAUAUUUUCUUCAAAUAAAGUGACCAUGUACUUUA